AUGAUUUGCGAAUCUGUUGGCCUCAUCUCUUUGGUUGGCGCACUCACAGGCCUCAUCUUCCGUGUGCAGGGAAACAUGCCCGCACCACACGCAGUGCUGGCGCCGUUCCCCUUCGUUACCCGCCUGGUCCAUUUGGCGACUAUUGCUGCAUUGAUCCUGUCCAUCCUGGCUGGCUCAGAUUUCUCCUCGACAAACUCCGCUAGCGAUAUCACUCAAGGUCGCCUGUUUAUCAAGGUCGCCAUCGGUCUCCUUACCGGCGUCUUCCUCGUAUCUGGCGGUCUCUCGGUCUUCACACGCACGCACCAGAUGGGUCACAUCACUGCACCCGGCGAAUCCCGCCUUGUCACAGUCUGCGUCAUUGCGAUCCCCUUCAUCGCUGUGCGCCUCGUCUACGGCUGGCUCGGCGCGUGCCUGAGCCAAGGCUCUAUCUUCGGCUUGUUCUCUGAUGACGCUGCCGCCACAGGCGUGCGCGCCGUCAUGCAGAUCGCUGUGGAGCUGAUUGUCGCGUGGCUGUUCCUAUGGGCCGGUCUCACGGUGCCGAAGAGUACGCGACCGCAUCAUCAUGGUGUUCUUCAGAAUGAUCGCUAUCCUGGUACCAUGCGCCAGACCAGAGGUGGCAGGACUGCAAUGCUCAGGCAGGGAUUCGCUCCGUUCAGUGGACACGCAAAUACUGUGGACCCUCAGCAGGAGCAAGGCGUUGUUGCAGAGACGAAGCCCGCGCAUAAUGUACAGGAGGUUUGA